UCCUCUGAUCUCCGCUCCAGACUGUACAGUGCGCAACCAGAAGCCACCAUGUCCAUCAAAAUGAGCAAAGUUACCUACCGCACCUCCAGCAGCGCCGUGCCCCGCUCCUCCGGCUUCAGCAGCUUCUCGUACAGCGGGGGGCCAGUAGGGGCCAGAGCCAGCACGGGGUCCUUCAGUCUGGGCUCCAGCUAUGGAGGGGGUGCCAGGUUCGGCAGCGGGUACAGGACGGCUUAUGGUGGGCAGGGGGCAGGUGCGGGCUCUGCCGGGAUCACCCAUGUCAGCGUCAACCAGAGCCUGUUGGCACCCCUCAAUUUGGAGAUCGACCCCAACAUCCACAUAGUGAGGACCCAGGAGAAGGAGCAGAUCAUGACCCUCAACAACAAGUUCGCUUCCUUCAUUGACAAGGUGCGCUUCUUAGAACAACAGAACAAGAUGCUAGAGACCAAGUGGGGUCUCCUCCAGAACCAGAAAAUCACCCGCAGUAACAUUGACGGCAUGUUUGAGGCUUACAUCAACAACCUACGCCGCCAGCUCGACUCUUUGGGUCAGGAGAAGCAGCGUCUGGAAUCUGAGCUUGGAAACAUGCAGGGUCUGGUAGAGGACUUCAAGAACAAAUAUGAAGACGAAAUCAACAAGCGUACUGAAAUGGAGAACGAUUUUGUCCUGCUGAAGAAGGAUGUGGAUGAGGCGUACAUGAACAAAGUGCAAUUGGAAGCAAGACUGGAAAGUCUGACAGAUGAAAUUAACUUCCUGCGUCAUCUUUAUGAGGAGGAGCUCCGCGAGCUGCAGUCCCAGAUUUCUGAUACUCAGGUUGUCCUGUCUAUGGAUAACAACCGAAACUUGGACCUGGACAGCAUCAUUGCAGAAGUGAAAACUCAGUAUGAAGAGAUUGCUAACAAGAGCCGCGCUGAGGUUGAGGGCAUGUACCAGCUGAAGUACCAAGAACUUCAGGCAUCAGCUGGACGUCACGGUGAUGACCUUAAAAACACCAAGACUGAGAUCAGCGAACUCAACCGUUACAUCACGCGGCUGCAGUCUGAGAUUGACUCCCUGAAAGCACAGCGUGCAAACCUUGAAGCACAGAUUGCAGAGGCUGAGGAGCGUGGUGAACUGGCAAUGAAGGAUGCCCGCAGCAAGCUGAAUGAGCUAGAAGCUGCUCUACAGAAGGCCAAGCAGGACAUGGCUCGCCAACUGAGAGAAUACCAGGAACUGAUGAAUGUCAAACUAGCUCUGGAUAUUGAGAUUGCCACCUACAGGAAACUGCUGGAAGGAGAAGAGAGCAGGCUGGAAUCAGGCAUUCAGAACCUUAGCAUUCAGACCAAGACCACUGGUUACUCAGGAGUUAGCAGUGGCUACAGUGGUGGACUACAAAGUUCAUACACUGGUGGACUACAAAGUUCAUACACUGGUGGACUACAAAGUGGGUACGGCGGUGGAUUGGGAGGCAGCUACAUGUAUGCCAGCAGUGCCAACUCCUCCCCCCUGGAAACCUCCAGAACCAAACGCAGCAUCGUAGUGAAGACCGUUGAGACCAAAGACGGAAGAGUUCUGUCCGAAUCCUCAGACGUCUUCUCAAAAUGAGUGCCUUUUCCGCUGACACACCAAGCUGUCCCACAGCCAGGGCUCUUAUUACAGAUGAGCCUUCCUAAAGACAGAAAUCAGGACUGGUGGGGUAGAUGUCCUAAAAUCCUUUUUUUAAAUUUGCCUUGGACAUUUUAACCUGGAUCAAGCUACCCCAGCUUGGGCCAUCAAUGUGGCACAAGUGCUAGACCCUAAACGGUGCUCUCCCAACUUUGAGAAUAAUAAUGUUUACCUGUAUGUGAAAAUGGGAUGACAGGAGGAAUUAGACAUGAGUAGCUUAUUGUACUGUUUCAGCAAUUUGUAUUGAUUCCUUCCCAGCAGGCUCAACUUAAGGUGGGCUUGGCUUCCAGUGGGCUCAGCUGUGCUGUCUCCUCUUCCUUUAUUCCUCUCUUUCUUGGCUUCCUGUGCAAUUCUUAUCACAAACGGCUAGGUAAAAACUUCUUGCAGCGUGCUUUGUCCAUCCUUGCUAGGUGGAUACUGGAAGUGCUCAUCUUGUCUUGCACCUUCCAAUAAAUCUCUUAAUAAAACCUUUUUU